AAACGCAGAUUCUGUAGCCCACCAUGACUACAGCACACAGGCCCACAUUCGAUCCGGCACAAGGGAAAGAGGCAUUGCGUGGCCCUGCAUAUCACCAGCGACUGCUCCCAGCACAUACGCACUUGAAGACUCGUCAACUCGGUCAGGGUGGUGAAGGCGAAGCUCAACAACGCGAUUUGCGCGCCGAAUUGCUCCAAGCCGAAGCCGCUCAUUUUGCGAAGAAAAGGGGCAUCCCCGUAGAUGAACCAACUGUCGAUAACACAGCACCCAAACGCCAAAUAGAAGAUGGUCCAUCUGGCGGCGAUCCAGUUGGAACGGAGGACGAAGAUCCGGAAGCCAAACGGCGGCGAAUACUAGAGGAGACGCGGGACAUAGAUGCGGAUUCGGAUGGGUCAGAGGAUGACAGCAGUGAAGAAGAAAGUGAUGAUGAAGAAGAUGAGGCCGCCGAGUUGAUGCGAGAACUGGAAAAGAUCAAGAAGGAGAGACAAGAACAGAAGGAGAAAGAAGAGCGCGAACGUGCUGCUGAAGAGGAAGAGAAACGGGAAUAUGAUAUUGCUAAAGGAAACCCGCUGCUUAACGCUCAGGACUUUAACUUGAAACGGCGCUGGGAUGACGACGUAGUUUUCAAGAACCAAGCAGGGGAACCGAAGAUAAGAGAGGAAAAGAGUUUGUCAACAUGUCUUUUCCCUGCUCAACUACCGGCCAUAGUUCAGAGCCAGACUCCCUUUACAGCUAAUACACAUGGAAACUUCAAGCACUACUACACAUUCAUGUCGAAUGGAAAUGUAAUUAUGGAUCGCAUCAACACCAAUAUCUCCCAAUUACUUCAAAGAUUCGAGAAUAUAAUGGCCACAGCAACUGUCGAGAGUACUAGCCAUACUUCAACAGCAGUGGAAACAUACCAACUUGACGUUGAAUCGACUGCUUUGGUCCGCGCCGCGGAAGAUAUUCUCUCUUUAACCCGUACGAUGAAAGAAACCUGGCUCUUUGGAAAGCUCAACACUCUUGGCGAAGACGAAUCGGAUGUGAAGCGCCGAGAGGAGCUAGAGAGGGAUGCAGAUGCUAUCCAGAAGGCCAUCGAGGAAGGUGGCUUGCUGAAGCCGGCUAAAUGA